CAUCAUAAAAUUUGCACUCCAGAUAUGUAGAUAAGAACGGCCCGGCCGCUGGUGAUUAAAUAUUGAUAGAGUUAAACAUUUAAAUUUGAUAUUUCUGGAUUUUUGAUAAAUACUCUGUUAGAAUAAAAGUGUUUAGUCUCAGACAUGAACCCAAUGGCCAAACUAAUGCAAUGUGUUCAAUUCGCCGCUCACAAACAUAAAAACCAAAGGCGUAGAGACCCCAAUAAAACACCUUACAUAAAUCACCCUAUAAAUGUUGCAACAAUUUUAGCUGUCGAAGGUUGCAUUGAUGAUAAGGAAGUAUUGCAAGCUGCUCUACUCCAUGACACUGUCGAAGAUACCGAAACAACUUUUGAAGAAAUUGAAGAGGCAUUCGGAAAGAAUGUCGCUGAGAUAGUCCGAGAAGUUACCGAUGAUAAAAGUCUACCAAAGUUAGAACGAAAAAGACUGCAAAUUGUCCAUGCAGAAACUUCAAGUAGAAAAGCAAAAUUGGUUAAGCUUGCUGAUAAGCUGGACAAUCUUAGGGAUUUACAAAAUGUACUUCCCGAAGGUUGGACUGAUGAACGUCGUGAAGAGUAUUUCAUUUGGGCUAAAAAAGUCGUUGACAACCUUCGAGGAACCAAUGAAAUUCUGGAAUCCAAACUUGAUGCCAUUUUCAAAGACAAAAAACUACUUCAAUGAAUUAUUUUAUUUAAAUUUUUCUUUUAAAUGUUAUAUCUAAUACAGUCCAAACAUUACAAAUGUUUAUUUCUUCUUAAA